AUGGCUACUGAGGAGAGUUUCGUAGUGUUGGUUCACCACAGAGGAUCCAUUAAGAGAAAAACUCGUUCUGGUGUGAAGUUCACUGAUAAGGACCCUUUGUGUAUGAUCGUCAGGCCUACGACGAGGUAUGAGGACCUUGUUAGCUCUGUACUGCUGAAACUUGGUCUAGAAGGUGUGAAAUGGGUUAAGAAGUUUUUCUAUCGCAUUCCAAUCACGGUGCUCCAGGAAACCGUUAAGUAUGAUUGUUUCACGAUCGGGAGUGAUGAGGACUUGCAGGUUAUGUUUCAUUGUCGCCGGCAGUUUCCAGAGGUGAGGACACCAGAACUGUUGGAGCCACCCGUCCAACUUGUUGCCUCCCCUUCGUUCGCUGUUGAUCUCAACGGCAGUGUAGACGACGAGGUCGGAACAGGGGAAUUUCCGCGAACCUCUUUACAGUGUGCUGCACCGGCUGGGGUUGGAGAUGGAUUUUUGGAUGACUCAGAUGACGAUGAUGUCGAGCCGGAUAUGAUUGCUGAUGACAGUGGCGAUGAUGUCGGAGAAAGUGAGCCUGCUGGGGCGGGCAGUGGUUCUAGCUCUGGCACACAGCAGUACCCUCCACAUUUUUCCUCUUUGGACUUGGAUGCUAUGAGGCAGGAGGGGGUUCCUGGGCAGCCGGCUGGAUUUGGCGCUAGAGAUGGCGAAGGGUCUGCAGGUCUGACAAAGUUUCAGGUUGGUCAGCAAUUUCAGGAUAAAGAUGAGGCCCUGCUAAGUGUGAAGACUUACAGCAUCCGUCGAGGGGUACAGUACAAGGUCGUGGAGUCUGACUAUCGCCGGUAUGUGGGCAAGUGUUCUGAGUUCGAGAAUGGGUGCACCUAG